ACCCUUUGCCUAAAUUUCUUCAUUCUUUCUCUCUCUCAGAGUUAGAAAAAACACAAUUCAAAAAUACUCCUACUACAACUUCACAACAAUAUCAAAAUCAUCAAUUGAUAUAUAAGAAGCAAAGAGAGAAAAAAAGAAGAAGAUGGUUAGAGCUCCUUGUUGUGAAAAGAUGGGGUUGAAGAAAGGACCAUGGACACCUGAAGAAGAUCAAAUUCUUGUUUCUUAUAUUCAAGCAAAUGGUCAUGGCAAUUGGAGAGCCCUUCCUAAACUAGCUGGAUUAUUGAGAUGUGGAAAGAGUUGCAGACUUCGUUGGACAAAUUAUUUACGUCCAGAUAUAAAGAGAGGAAACUUCACUAGAGAAGAAGAAGAUAGCAUUAUCCAAUUACAUGAAAUGCUUGGCAAUAGAUGGUCUGCAAUAGCAGCUAGAUUACCGGGUCGAACAGACAACGAGAUUAAAAAUGUAUGGCACACUCACUUGAAAAAAAGGCUUAAAAAUUAUCAGGCUCCUGAAAACUCCAAAAGACACUGCAAAAAGAACAUUGAUUCCAAAGCUCCUAGUACUUCUCAAAUUACCUUGAAAAGUUCACACAAUUUUAGCAACAUCAAAGAAGGCAUUAAUGGGCCCGACCCGAACUCGCCACAAUUGUCGUCUAGCGAGGUAUCGACCGUCACGGCCGAUUCUGAGUCAGUCAUGACGAUGGGUGUCACAAACGAUGGUGAUCAGAUGGACUCGUAUGAAAAUUUUAUUCCAGAGAUCGAUGAGAGUUUCUGGACAGACGAUUUAUUAUCUACGGCCGAUAACUCGAAUUUCGAUAUGGCAAUUAGUGGUGGUGAAGAGUUACAAGGUCAAUUUCCUUUUUAUGACAUGAAGCAAGAAAGUGUGGAGUUAGAUGUUGGAGCAAAAUUAGAGGAUGAUAUGGACUUUUGGUACAAUGUUUUCAUAAAGUCUGGGGACUUAUUAGAAUUACCUGAAUUUUGAGGGGUCAAUUUGGAUGUACUAUAAAAAUUGAAGUAGUGGAAUGAUACCUAAGUAUUUGGUGAUUUUUGGAUUUUCGGGUGUUGACAAGUUUGAAAAUUCAUGUUUAUUUAUUGACCUUUAGUUAUUGAGAGGGCAAACAAAAAAACUCCAAGUCGAUCCUGUUUUCCUUAUCUAGGACAGUAUUUUCUUUUUUCUUUUUUCCAACUUUUAUUUUCCUAUUUUUAUUUUGAACCUUUUUAUUUAGUUUAAUUGGAAAAAGUAUAGUGGAUGGUGAUGUGAAAAGAAAAAUAUUAUCAUGAGAGUAUUAGGAUUAGUAUAGGGAAAAGUCUUCAAGAAACUUUAUUCACAUCCUCCUAACUUUUACUCCUA